GUAGGCCAGGCCGGCUCCUCUGCUGCCACUGCUGGCUAUAGGCAGUUUUCGUGAUAUGAUACACAAGCGCAUCGUUUGUUUGUGAAAAAGCCGCUCAAUUUUCAACGGUUUCUCUAUGCUUUUAGUUGACGGACGAUCCUGAAAAGUGGUUUAAUCGAUCCGCAACUUUAGUGUGCAACCGUAGUGCUCAAUUCGGAGGCAAUUCAACACGGAUUUAACACUUUAAAACAGAAUUCAAAAUGGACUAUCCAACUUCACGAAAUCGUGAACGAAUUCUCGAGGCGAUCGACCAGCUGCGAAACCGCAAAGCACGACCAGAUAUCGCUAGGAUCUGCAACUAUUUGUUUCGUCGAUUCCACGUGAAUUCCGCGGAAGCUAGGGCCGAUCUGGAAUGGUGCGUCGCCAACAAUAUAGUCCUAAAGGUCGAGUACAAGGGCAAUAUCAGCUACAGGAAUGCGGCUAAAAAAUGGGCACAAAUUCGUAAGCGCGAAGCGCAACAGACCACUCACAAGGGCAGAAAUGCUCUAAGCAAACUAGCGAUUAGCAGAAAUUUUAUGGAAAUGUUAACAAAUAUAUUUGGGGAGCUUGUGAUGCAGGAACCGGAUUAUUUGGAAAUCGGGGUACCGCCUACAGAAAUCAUGACACACAUUUUAUCAAAGGACAGCGUACGCUAUACGCGAAAUUACGUUGCUAUAUUACUGGUUAAAGAAGUCGAGAGGGGAAAUUUGAUUAAAUUGGAAAAUGGUAACUUUCUGCUUGGCCCAUGCGAUGCGAAACUAAAGCCUAAACGCAAGCGAGCGAAGUCAGGAAGUAGCAAACCGCUCGUUCAAAUUGACACAGGAGCUGGUCAAAAUGCGGUCAAACCGAAAAAGAGGAUGAUUGCCAAGAUGCAAGCUGCAGCUCAUCAACAGGAGGUGAAAAUGGAUAAACAAGAAAAUAUGGAUUCUGGCGACGAGGGAAAACGAUCUGAGAGCGAAGGUCAGCGAUCCGGACGACGCAAGAAAGCAAAAAAGGUAUUCGAUCCGUCCGACAUACAAAUCCCAAAAAAACGUGGCAGACCAGGCACCCCAUCAACCAGGAAUACUUUCAAUAAAAAACCAAAAGCCGAUGAAGACUCUAGAGCUGAUUCCCUCUCAUCUGCUGGAUCUUCUAAAGAUCAAGGUGGAGUUUGUUCUGUAUGCCACACUCAGAGUAAAAGGGGGCCACAUGAUAGGAUGGUAGGCUGUAGGGAAUGCAGCAAUAAAGCUCAUUAUGAGUGCCUCAAUAGCGAUGACAUGAUGCAAAAAUUGAAUCCAAAUAACUCCUGGACGUGUCCACAUUGCAAAACGUGUGUUACAUGUUUUGAAACAUCAAAGGCGAGAAAUUUGAUUGUGUGCGCAGUUUGUGCUGAUGCCUACCAUGCUACUUGCCACCAACCCGAAAUCACCGAAAAGCUUGAGAAAGGACAAAAAUGGUUGUGCAAUAAUUGCCAAGCAACUGAAGAAAUGAGACCCGAUGCUGUUCAAGCUAAUAUUGGCGAGUCUUUUAACUUCAAAAUAACAAACACCAAAGAAAAUGUCAAAGACACUGAUGUAUCACCAGGUUUGCAAUUGAAAAUUCGUCCAAAAUCCUUUUUGCCCAACAAUAAUCCACCAAAUAUUCCUUUACCUCCAGUAUUAAGUUCCCAUCCCAAAUCAAAAUCUCCCAAAAGAAAAUCAAAAUCUCCCAAAAGAGAACCAAAGUCUCCCAAAAGAGAACCAAAGUCUCCCAAAAAAGAACCACAAUCUGAUUCAAUCAGCGACAAGGAUUCAGAUAAUGAAAAUGCAAAUUCUGAUAGGCACAGUGAAAGUGGAAGUCCAGAAAUACCGAUUCGAAAUCCAGGUCCAGAGAUAGAUCCUUCCAUACCAGAUGCUAGGAAUUGGACACCCCAUGAUCUUUAUCAAUACUUUAGACAAUUUCUAAAGGAAGAUGAAGCUAAAGUUUUCAAGGAACAGGAUAUCGAUGGUCGUAGCUUUCUUCUGAUGAGAAGAAUCGACGUUUUGACCAAAUUAAAUUUACGGCUUGGUCCAGCACUCAAGGUUUAUCGUCACCUUACAAUGCUUCAAGUGAGAAGAGAUGAUAGAAGUCUUUAUUGGUUGUGAAGACACAGUAUUAUUAUUAUUUUUGUAAAUUUAGAAUGGCUGUUUUGUUUAUUGGGUCUGAAAUAAAAAACCUUUGCAAUUUUGUAGUGAUUUACCAGUUCUAUUUUGUAUUAUUAAACAAAUUGAAACUUGUUGAGUUGUUAAUAUUUUUC